AUGAGUUCCGAACGCAGAAUUAGUCAGCCUUAUCCUCCCUUUCAUACGGUCCACCCAUCUCCAGCUCUUACUUCUCAACCUUUACCUGUUCACCGAUUAUUCUCCCAUGCUUCACCAUCUAGAACAGGGCCGAUUGCUGCAGGAACGCAUUCAAGACCAUCAUUCUUUGACCAACGGGAUAUCCCGCAGUACACUCCAGAUGAGAGACCCUCGACCCCAUCCAUUUUAGAUCACCCAUACCUCGACCCCUCACCAUUCACUCAGGAUCAACUCAUCCAAGUCAGACUACCAUACACUUCGAGCUCGCCGAAUCGAGGCGUCAAUAGUAAAGAUUAUCAGUUCCCUCGCGAACACCAUGAUCCAGUCAACCAGCGCGAUUCAAAGGACCAUUUUAUUUCGGUGGAAUCAGUCGAUACCCAUACAACUCUUUCUUCUUUCGCUUUCUCACCCUUCUCCCCUGUCAUUCAGCAUCGUUCGCCCUCGGAUCCUGUCGCUCGCCGGGCUGAGUCAGAGGAACACACUUCAACCGCCAACAAUAUGGGUCAAGCGAUCCGAAAAUUCGGAUCCGCUUUUACCGCUGAAAAGGCUGACGCCACGACCGACUUCAAGCAUGAACCCAGCCAGGACUUAAUCUCCACACACUCAACCCAUUCCACGCACUUUGCGUCCGCUCAGCAGCAUCGUUCAGCCGAUUCGACCUCCACCACCGAAUCCGCCUCGCUUCCAACAGUUGAGUGGCCUAGACGCCCUUCGUCCCUCUAUCAACCGAUCGAGCUUGUACCUCUCCACGAGCCCCAAGCUGCUCGAUACGAUACCACGUCACUCCUCCGCGAUGCAUCUAUCGCGUCUGCCGAUCCACUGUCCGACACUCGAUAUGCUCAGACGCGACCUACGACAGCUCCUCCCACUCCACCCUUCGGUACAUCCAAGACCAAAGAGUUCUCCCUUGAUCCACCACCAUACACCGACGGGGACAUCCCCUUGCCAGAGCCAUACAACUCUGCUUACCCUCAUCCCCUCUCAGCUUACGCAUCCCUAGGUGUCAACGAAGAGACUCGCAAGCGAAGCGGAUACGAUCAAGCUCUUUGGGAAUUGUUCAAUACCAACCCUGCAAAACUCAGAGGCACAAUCCUGUCUGAAGCUGGACGAGAUGAUCUCCUCCCUCCGGCAUUGACAAUGCUCAUAUUCCCCGGUGAAGGGAAUGGGAUCCCGGAGCGGCUUUGGAGUCGAUUCGAAUCGUUCGGCGCCGCUCGUGUGCCCGUCGGAGUGGCAGGUAUGCCGCAACAUGGUCUUUCCAGUGCCACGUCAAAUUCUGGUAUGCUUCCUCCUCGACUCGCAUCACUUUCUCCAUCGGGAACCUUACCCUCCGUCUCAUCAACGAUCUCGGCAUACGGCAAUUUGUCUGCACAUCCUUCCCUCGCCUCGUCUCAGACUCGACCGUUUGACUCGCCUGGAGUCUACACUCCUACUGGGUCUAUCUCCAUAAAAGGCGAUGAUUAUUUCAGUACCCCUCAAAAGGACACUCGACAGAAUGCAUCGGUGAUCAGCAUGGCGACUCCUCCAUCCACCCGUCGAUUCUCAGCAAAUCUUGGACCAUCGAGUCCUGCAACUCCGAGUGCGAGCAUUGCUUCCCUCACAUAUAAACGAGUGCAAUCGAGAAACUCGGCAGACAUCUCGCCUCUCUCGACGAAGAAUACCGCAUCUCCUGCAUCCUACCAAUCGAUCUAUUACAAGACGGAGCUCUGCCGUGCAUGGCAUGAGGUCGGCCAUUGCCGAUAUGGUGAAGCCUGCCAAUUCGCUCAUGGGGUCCAUGAACUCCGAGUGCCAUUCGAGAGCACCGUUCCUCCUUUGACUCCCCCUCCUGAACCUCACAAACCGCUCUACAAUCAGAGUGAGACCCAUCGCGAGUCGCCCAUCCAGACCUCUGCGAUGGCCAGAUACAAUUCACAGGCACUUCAUGUUGAAGCGUUGCCCCAUCAUCGCCUGGACAUGCGCAGAGCCUCGGCACCCUUGUCGACUGUCGACGAACGACACGAACUUGAAUCGUCGCUUUUCAGCUCUGACAUCGCUCCGAUAGGUUCUGGAGGAUCGACGAAGCGAUCUAAAGAGGUCACAGUCAUCCCUCGCAACGGUCGUUCGCCGGACUUGGCAACUGUGGCGGAAUGGUUCUCUACUCGAGCCAAGCAGGAAUCUGUCAAUGUCUCAUUGGACGGUAUGGGCGUCGUCGGCUUAGGUCAACGAUUUGCUCAAGGCUCAACACCUCAGGCUAAUUCUCAAACUCCUGCUCGACGAUCUGAACCGAGACUUCGACUCGAUAUUCCCCUCAACACGAAUCACAACAACCUCGCGUCGAGAACCUUCGCGUCCACCGCCGCGACGGAUCAAGCGUCGACUCAGAGUACCUCCAACAUGUUGGGAUCGUCUCUUUCCGGAUCCAUCUCCACAUCUCUCUCGUCCACCUCUCAGAUGCUUCCUACGCCGUUGACAGCAUCCUCCAAUUGGAUCCAAAAUGGUCUCGGCGUGGACGUCGCGGCAUACAGUCCGUCGACCUCGUUCUCCGAUAGCGUGUUGAAUUCUGGAUCCCUUGGUUCAGCGGUAGGCAAGAGAAUGGCUAGAGAGCUUCAACAAGACUCUCAGGAUGUAUCCGGCGUCCAAUCCCUCCCGACCGACGGACAGGAUCGACCCUCCAAAAGCAGUCUUUCGUCGACGACUUGGGACUUUUCGACUGGUAACUCUAUUUGGUGCUAG